AUGUUAAGAUUCAUGACUUUCUAUAGGUUUUCGAACAUUACAACAGCAAGAGGGGCUCUCUUGAAAACAGUGUCCAAAGAGUACAAAUACGAAUUCCAUCAAUACGAAUAAGAACCUUCAUUAAUGAAAUAAAUCAAACAUCUAGGAUAUUAAUUGAUAGAUGAUCCUAAAACCAAUAAAGUUAUUCUAAAGAAAGAAUUUCCAACUGCUAAGAUAUCUAUUGAAUUCAGAGGCACACCUCCUCCUCUGGAAGGCAAAAUAAAAAUACCAAAGGAAGAUUAAUCCCUCUCUUAACAUCCAAAAUACCAAGACUAAAUCUAAACUAAAACAUAAGAGAAGAAAGAAGUAUAUGAUUUAGGAACUCUCUCUGUGGAUUAUACGGUCCUAAUCGAAUCUGAAAAAGGAGAAGCUGUAGCCUUUGAAUGCAAUACAAGUAACCAGACUACUUUCAUAAAUUCCGUACAACCGGUCUAUGAUAUCCAAGAGUACAAAACACAAUCCAAAUAUCGUAAAUUCAUAACCGACUAUUCAGGACCAGAAAUUAAUAAAUUAGAUGAACAAUUAAAGCAAUCUUUCUAUACUUACCUAGAAAGCUUUGGCAUUAAUUAGUCAUUUAAUGCAUUAAUUGAGGCUUACUCCUUAGACAAAGAGUAAAGAUCAUACAUGUAGUUUUUGAAAUCAAUGGAAAGGUUUUUAGCAAUUUGA